AUGGCUGAGGCUGUAAGUGAAAAGCUAUCGAAAAACGAACUUAAAAGGCGUCUUAAGGCCGAACAAAAACUGAAAGAGAAGGCUGAAAAAGCUGCUCAACAGCCUGUUGUUAAUGUAGAAAAGAAAGCAUCCAAGGCUGAAGAAGAAAUCAGUCCAAAUGAGUACUAUAAAUUAAGAACAGCAGCAGUAGCAGCCCUUAAAAAUGGAAAAAAAGAAGAUCACCCCUAUCCCCAUAAGUUUACUGUUACAAUAUCGUUGGAAAACUUUAUUGAAAAAUACAAUAAUUUAAGUGAUGGAGAUGUUGUUGAUAACGUUACCUUGUCAGUAGCUGGCAGAAUUCAUUCUAUAAGAGAAUCUGGGUCUAAACUUAUUUUUUAUGAUUUACGUGGGGAAGGUGUUAAAAUUCAGGUGAUGGCAAAUGCUAAAUUAUAUGAAUCUGAGGAAAAAUUUAUCAAGGACACAGAUAAAUUAAGAAGAGGUGAUAUUAUUGGAUGUGUGGGUCACCCUGGUAAGACCAAGAAAGGGGAAUUAUCAAUUGUUCCAAAGACAGUGCAAUUACUCUCUCCCUGUCUUCAUAUGCUUCCACAUUUGCAUUUUGGUCUAAAGGAUAAAGAGACAAGAUUUAGAAAAAGAUACUUGGACCUCAUUUUAAAUGAUAAGGUGAGGCAAACAUUCUAUACUAGGACUAAGAUUAUAGCAUAUAUAAGAAGAUUUUUGGACAACCUUGGAUUUUUGGAAAUUGAAACCCCUAUGAUGAACAUGAUCCCUGGAGGAGCAACUGCAAAGCCAUUCAUUACCCAUCACAAUGAUCUUAACAUGGAUUUAUACAUGAGAAUAGCGCCAGAGCUAUACCAUAAAAUGUUGGUUGUCGGUGGUCUAGACCGGGUAUAUGAAAUAGGUAGACAAUUUAGAAAUGAAGGUAUUGAUCUAACACAUAACCCUGAAUUUACUACCUGUGAGUUUUAUAUGGCAUAUGCAGAUUACCAUGAUUUAAUGUCAAUAACUGAGAGUAUGAUUUCUGGUAUGGUGAAAAGCAUUCAUGGUUCUUAUAAGGUGAAAUACCAUCCUGAUGGUCCAGAGGGAGAGGAAGUGGAGAUUGACUUUACUCCCCCGUUUUCAAGAGUACCCAUGAUUGCCACUCUGGAAAAAGAGUUGAAAGUAAAACUUCCUCCUGCUGAUAAGCUUGACACACCAGAAGCUAAUGCUAUUCUUAGCAAACUUUGUGAAAAACAUGAGAUUGAAUGCCCUUCCCCAAGAACAACGGCAAGAUUAUUAGAUAAACUGGUUGGAGAAUUUCUUGAAGAGAAGUGCAUCAAUCCAACAUUCAUAUUGGACCAUCCUCAAAUAAUGAGUCCGCUUUCAAAAUAUCAUAGAGAUAUCCCUGGCUUAACUGAAAGAUUUGAAGUCUUUGUAAUGAAAAAGGAAGUGUGUAAUGCUUACACGGAGUUGAAUGACCCAGCCACACAGAGGGAGAGAUUUGAACAGCAAGCUAAGGAUCGGGCGGCUGGAGAUGACGAAACUCCACCAACAGACGAGGCAUUCUGCACUGCUCUUGAAUAUGGCCUUCCUCCUACAGGGGGUUGGGGACUUGGUGUUGAUCGUCUUACUAUGUUUUUGACGGACUCAAACAAUAUAAAGGAGGUGCUGUUGUUCCCAGCUAUGAAACCAGAUGACCCUAAUAAGCAUAAUGCAGAGGAAGGUGAACCUAACCCUAUACAAGCUGGUGCCUAA